ACAAACAGGAAUAUUAGUAAUAGCUGACAUUGUGACAUAUUGAAGAUGUGGUUAUGAUAGCUACUGAAACCUUUGUCAUAGUUUGUGUAAAUAAAGGAAUAAUUUGGAUAUAAGUCACAUUAUGGAGAUCGAGCUUGCUGCAUGUAAGGAUUAUCGGGAGCGUCAGAACAUUCGGAGCGCACUUCGGGAGCUAAAGGGAAUUCAGCUUGAUGGAAACUCUAUUGUUGCUUACUCCUUCGACCCCAAAAAUGUGAAGAAAGUAGAUAGACAGACGAAUAAGGAGGGAACAAAGUCAACAACACAAAAACAAUGGUCUGCAUUAAGGAUCGGUGUGCUUGAUGAAAUUGAGGACAGAAAUUACACGUUAAACAAGUAUUUUGAAACCAGCUCUGGUGCUCAUGAUAAUCAUAUCAAUGGGUUAUGUGAUUAUGAAACUCAGGAAUCAAAUGAAGAUAAAGACUUUUGUGUAAGUUCGCAAAGGGAGAAACAUACUGAUGAAAAUGCAAACUUGAAAAAUGUAAAUGAAGUUAUCGAAAAAAGGCAAAGUUUUCGUACCUACCUUUAUGCUGGAACUGUAGGUUCACCCAAAAAUUCACCAAGAAGUACAAAGGAUGAAAUUUUUCGAGCAAAAAAGGUGAACAUUCUACGAGUUAAAAACCUCGAUAAGUCUGAUCUGCAAGACAAAAGCACAGGCACUGAAGAUGGCUUUGUGAACUUAUCUAAAACUGAUGAUGAAAAUGAUGAAAAAGUUCUGGAAGAUGAAUUAAGGAAUGCAGUUGGUGUAAUUACGCCUUCUAAGUGGAAAUCGCCUAAAAAUGAUAAUAAAGGAUUGGAAAGUGUUCAGUGUGUAGAGGAAAAAUGCCUCAAAGAAGAAAAAUUGACUGAGUCAAGAAGUGUCUUAGACUUAAUAAAUGAGUUCGAAUCUCAGGAACCAAGUAAUUGUGAUAAAAAUGUAGUAAGGGUUCCUCAAAAGAACGAGUCACAUGUUUUUGACAAAGGGAAAAAUAGAGAAAAUAAGAAAUUAGAGAAACAUUCCAAACAGGAUGAGCAGCAUUGUGAUAACUCAGGGCCAGUAAAUUGUGAAGUUUCUAGUCAAAAUGAUAAUGCAAAAACACAUAGUGUGAAAUCUCCGAAGUGUCAGAACAAUAAUUCUCCUAGAAAACCUAAAAAAAUUGUGAGCUACAGAACAUCGGCAUUUUCAUCCACAUCAAAACUAAAUCCAAUUAGUUCAUCUGUGUCAAGAUUAAGAUUACAAAGUGCCCCUCCAACUGUAACAAGUCAGGCAACAAACAAAUCUCCUCAGGAACAUAACAAACUCUGUGAUACAAUGAAGGAAAUAACUCGAACACUGAACAGGUCAGUUCUAGAGUCUGAAGUGAAUCCUAGGAGUGAGGCGAACUCAACUCUCAGUGGUAAACCAGAUAUAGAGUUUGAUGAAGUCUUCAUUAAAAACAUGGAGAGCAACAAUCUGACCCCAAGGAAGAAAGUUGGACUUGUACGUAAAAAUAGGGUUGAAUCUGAUGAAAAGAAUUUUUUAAAGAAAUAUCAAAAGAAAAGUAAAGACAGGGAUGUUAAGCUUGAUGAAUGUGAAAAUGUGCCAAAAUUAGAAACAAUUAUCGACACAAAGAAUGCAGUAAAUGAUAAAAGUGCCAAAAAUGCUACUAAAAUUGGAUCAGUUAGGAGAAAAUUGCCGGACAUUCCCUUGAAAAAAGAAAGUGACAAUGAUGACGAUGAGAGUGUACAUCAGAGAACACUGCGUCUGCUUCAGGAACGCAAGCAGGAACGACUGGGAAAACUACAUGCAGACAAAGAUAAAAAUAAUGUAGAAAAGGAAAAACAAGACAAAGGUAAAAUGACACCAGCAGACUUGAAGAAGACACUGGAACAAAAGCUUGAGAGAUCAGAAUCAAAGAAGAAAGCAAUGCGGGUAAGAAGAGAGCUACAGUUACUGGACAGAGAAAAUGAAUCAAAAGCUCCUAGCUUAAGUCGCUCUAGUAGUGCUAAUGGUGAAAUAGGUGAACCAGACAAUUUGGAAAUUAUUAAUAUUCUAAGUCAACCUAGAGCUGACAAAAUGGAUAAAGACAGUGUAAAAAACAUGAAAAGAUCCAAAUCAGAUGUGAUUUGUGUGAGAAGAGCAGUGAGUGAGUCAGAUACGAUGUUCGGGUCUGUAAACUUGGACCAGGCUGAGGAGCAGAGUGACCCAAGAGUGAUGGAACUGGUGAAUUCUGCAGACCCUCGGACAGCCCUCGAAAGGAUCAACCUGAUAGGCACACUUAUGCAGGAGGAGGCCAGGAUACAGAACCUGCUUCGGAAGAGCUCAAACUUCAGUGAGAAGCGCCAGAUGAGGGCUGAUGUCCGAAGACUGCGGCAGCGAAGAACAGCUCUUGAGAGUGGCACAGAGGGGGAAUCGGGGCCGGUACCAUUGCGGCGUGCCGUCUCUGUUACAGGGGAGCUUGUGCACACGUCCCAGCCCCCGGAGCAGGGCUUCCAGGGCAACACAGUCGAUGACUUCCAUGACCAGGAACAGCACAGCAUAGAGAAGCUCCGAAGACAGCUGGGUGAGACUCAGGACUACGAUGAGAAAAAGAAGAUCCGACUUGCCCUGCGCCAGCUACGCCAGCAGACUAGAGAUGGUGGCCUAGUCCAGACUGGUUUACAGCGCAGUCAGAGUUUUGUUCAGCAAAAGUCUUGUGAACCAGUCAGCAGCAGCCAGGCGAAUGGUCUGCUGGUUGGUCGCAGUCACAGCGUUAUCGAUAAACACAGCCCUUCCACUUCGUGCAGGGAAGUCCGGGAUAAGGGAGAGACAGUUCAGAACAAGACAUCCAAGCUCAAUGGAUUUACGCAUGAAGACAUUCCUGUAAAAUCAAGGUUUUCCAGUGAAGAACUGAAACCUCCUCGUCCAAAAUCUUCCAUAACUGUAUCUUCAAAGUCUCAGUCUUGUGAGUUAAAUGCUGACAAACCAUCACGGCAUUCACUGAAAGAUAAUACAAGGUUUGAUACUGAUGGUAAAUUGAGGUAUAAUGGAACUGAAAGGUCUGAUCUGAAGAUAAAAGAAAAUCGUAAAAAGUUUGAUGAUUAUCAAGAUCAGAAAAGAGCUACUGAGAAUCGUGGAAAGGGGUUUUCUCUGAAAUCUUCAAAUAAGACUGAUGAAAUUGAUCACAGGUUUAAAGUAAAAAGUGCAGAGAGAAUAAAGCCAACUGAAGUUCAGACUGAACCUCUUUUGAAACUUGAUGACCAAAAGCAGAACAGUUUCAAGGAAAGGUGCAAUAUUUUUGAAAAUGCUGAAAACUCAGUCAAUGUAGAGGGUGAAAGUGUGGAGAUAUCUAGACAUAGGACACCCAGUGUGCUAGUGUCAAGAGCUAGUGUGGAGAAAAGCAAGCAGGAAAAGCUUGUAAAUGUAAGAAGGGUAAGAAGUUUCUCAGCUGAACCUAGAGGAAGGUGGGACAGAAAUAGUGAUAGAACUGAGAGAUAUAAAGACAAGACAGAUGGUACUGUAAAUGAUAUAAAUAGUAGAUCUAGAAAGACCAAGGAUAUAAAAGACAAGAGAGAAAACUGUGAUAUUUCAGUAAAGUUAGAAAAAAGGGUAAAUAAGAAAGCAGAUGUUGAUAGAAAAGACAAUGUACUAAGAAAAGAUUUUGAUGCUGUAGACAACUAUGUGAACGGUAAAGUUGAGUCUCAACAGAAAAAUAAUCUCACAGCUGAUGUAGAUGACAAUACUAGACUAAGUCCAAGCCUUCAGUGGCUUGAAGAGAAAAGAAAGUCAUUAACAACGCCAAGUGAUGUUGAUAAACUUAUGUCGACAAUGGAUAUUGAACAGGCGUUUUCUGAAAUUCUUGAUGCUGUAGAUAAAUUCCCUGAAGAGAAAGCACUAGGUGAACCAGUCAUAUCAGCAGAUAUUCCUAUUUUGGAAGAGGAAUUAGGUGAGUCUUCAGAAAUGGAAGAAGAUUUGAACAAGAACAAGAAAAGUGAACCAAACCUUGAAAGUAGCUUGAGCAGUAUGAGUGACAAUAGUGCCGAGGUGGAGCUGAUCACGAAAGGUAUGGACAAGGAGCAAGAGUCUGACGUUACAGUGGAGCCUGAGGUAGAGGAAGCAAACGGUGCAAUACAGGAAGAGGCUAAAAAGGAUGGAAAGAAAACAGUACAGAGUUCCCUGACCCUGGCAAUGCCGGCGAGUCCUGAUGCCAAUGGUGCAAUAUCUGUUAUCCAGGAUGACGAUGGAACGGUCACGGUCCAGGAAGUGAGCAGGACAGAGGAAGGGAACACAGUUGUGACUGAGUACAAGCGGGUGCGCAGGACCAAGAGCAAGACGGAGACAAGGGAAAAAGACAUGGUUGUGGAGAGAAAGAUUACCUCCCCAGGUGGAACUACCUCGGUGUACGAGAAGGACAUAUCAAAGUCAAAACGUAAACUUACAUCCAGAGGGUCAGAGUACUUCAAUAGGAAUAACAUCAACAUAAGGAAAACCAGAGACCUUGAGGGAACAGAGAUUGUGGAGCAUAAACUGAGUUCUCUGUCAGAAAAUGUUUCUGUAUCGAAGAACGAGUCCUGGGGGGACAGAACAGAGGCUGAGGUGACGUUAAAUCGGGAACUUGAAAAUGAUGUGGUACAGCUUCCAUCCAGUAACCAAGAUAAUGAAGCCAUUAACAAUCAAGGAGAUGUUGAGAAGCCUACCACCAACAGUGGUGUCAUCAAGUCGCACCUUGGUCGACCAUCCGGCUGUCCAGAAAUCAUCUCCCCUUUGAAGGAGGCCAAGACUACCGAGGAAAGUUGUGUAACUCUAGAGUGUACAGUAGUUAGCUCCCCUGUUCCCACAGUAACCUGGUACAAGGGGGACAACUGUGUCACAGCAGGGCAUGCUGGGAUUGAUGCUCAGUAUGAUAUAGAGAGUGGGAAGGCGACUCUAAUGUUGUUGUCAUCUACAGUAGGGGAUUCUGGGACAUACAGAUGUGUGUUUGAAAACCCAAUUGGUACUGCCUCAACCAAAUGUCUUCUGCAAGUCAGAAAACGGGCUACUGAGAUGCCAUCCUUUGUGAAGCUGCUGUCCGAUGUUGAGGUUCGGGAGGGCCAGGCUCUGAGUCUCGAGUGUCAGGUUGCCAACACGGACACUGUCACAUGGUUUAAGGACGGGACCUUGCAGCGUAACAACCCAGACUUCCGCCAGACCCUUGAGGAUGGGCGGGCAAGGAUGGAGAUGGCUGAAGUGUUCCUUGAUGACUACGGCACCUACUGCUGUGUGAUAAACAAUGACCAUGGGGAGCAGAAAUGCUCCUGUCAGGUCACUGUGAAAGAAUGCGAGUCCUAUGAUGAGGUCUACCCAAUGUUCCUGAAGAAACCUGAGACCCAGAUAGCGGACGAGCGGGAUACUGUCAUAUUUGAGUGUGAGGUGAUUGGCUCCCCGAGACCAGAGGUCUCCUGGAUUGUCAACGGCAACAAGCUAGUGGAGGGGGCACGCCACAGGAUGUCGUAUGAUGGUCGGGUUGCCAUGCUUGUCAUUCGCAAGGUUGUCCCUGCAGAGAGCGGGAAGGUGGAAUGUACUGUGGAAAAUUCCUCCGGGAAGGUGGCUGCUGACUGUAUGCUUGUUGUGCAAGCCAUGGCAACAUGUCCAUCCAUAACGAUGCCACUAUCUGAUCUCACUGUCUCAGAGGGCAACAAUGUUUUCUUGGAAUGUGGUAUCCAGGGGCAACCAGUCCCAGAGGUCACCUGGCGUAAGAAUGGAAUGGUCAUCGGUCACAUGCUGGACUUUAAGCAGACAUUUGCAGAUGGUCUGGCCAGACUGGUUAUCAGCAAGAGCUGCAUGCAGGACAGUGGGAGAUACGAGUGUAUGGCAACCAGUCUACAGGGAGAGACCUCCACUUCCUGUCACCUUACUGUCACAGCUGCAGCUCCAGAGCCGAAUCAGUCGGAAGUAAAGGAGUUUCCCAGUAUUCCAACAAUUCCUCCUCCUUCCGUUGAUGCUCCAGCUGAGGAAAACAAAGUGAAGGAGGAAAUUAAGGUGCUUAAGAAGGAGAAAAAGGACAAAAUAGAGAAACAGAAUCAACUGGAUGCUGAAGUUAAGGCAACCGUUGAAGACACCUCUCCUUCUGUGAAGGUGCCAAAUGUUAGCACACCAAAAACAGAAGAAAUCAUAGUGGAGAGGUCACUUUUUACCAUAACAAAAAUGGAGGUAGACACACCAACAAAAGAAGAAAUUGUUGUUGAGAGGCCAACUUCCAUUGUUAAGAAAACAGAGGUAAAGACACUACCAAAAGAAGAAUUCAUUUUAGAAAAACCUCCAACUAUUAAUAAAAAUCAGGAGGUUAAGACCCCUUACAAAAACAAAGUCAUAGUAGAAAAACCUCCAUCCAUUAAGAAAGUCAGUGAAGAAGAAAACCCAGCCAUUAUGAUAAAUCAGGAAAUUGAGUACCCCAAUAAAAAUGUAUUUUCAGUAGAAAAACCAUCAAUAAGGAAAGUCAUUGAAGAAAAUCCUGCAGCCAUUAAGACAGUUGUUGAAGAAAAACACUCAGUCAUUAAGAAAAGUCAAAUGGUUAAGACCCCUAACAAAAAUGAAAUCAUAGUGAGCAAGCCUCCAUCCAUUAUAAAGAAAAGUGCAAAAGACAGAAAUGACAACAAUAAUGAAGUUCCAGUAACAGUGUCUGUUCAACAGAAUGCUCUCAAGGCUCCUUUAGAGAGCAAACAUGUUGUUGCUGAAGAGAGCCUUGUCCAGAAAGCUACAGUGAAAUCAUUCCCAGACAAGUUUGUGCCAAAAACUGAUGAAGACACAAAACUAGCAGUUAAAACACAGGCUUCCAAGAUCAUGCUUGUGAGACAAGCAAGUCUGCGGAACCUUGGAGGUGAGCAGAAACCAGUGGCUUUGAAAAGAUCUGGAAGUUUGCAGUCCAUGAAUGCUGCAAAACAGAACGGAGAAAACAAAGCUGAAAUGAAAGACUCUGCUAAGGUUGAGACUAAAGUUUCAGUGGCUACAAUUCAACCCAAAACAGACAUUGCUGAUUUACUUGCCAGUAAACCUAAAGAAGAUACUCAAAAUAAUUUGAAAGAGAUUAAAGGUGAAACUGUUAGGGCUGACACUGAGACUAAUGCCACUGAAAUUGGUGGUGUAAAAGCAAAGACUGUAUCAGAUGAAUCAAAAGCUAAUGUGACUUUAAAAACAGAUAAUUUAAACUCAGCAGCUGGCUUAAGCUCACUGUGCCUUGAAUCUGCCGACGCUGAAAAACCAAAGCCAUUCUCAAAGUUUCGUAGUAAUGAAAUCAGGCGUACUCAGAGUGUCAAAGCUCCAGGCAAUGAGAAACCAGAAUGGCUACAAGUGAAACUCAAGAGGGUUGGCAGUAAUAAGAAACCGUAUGUAACUUCAUGCACAGAAAAGGAAGAACCUCCUGCCCCUAUUAGUGUGGGUGUGGAAAAACCAACCCCAGUUUCUGAACCUGUCCAGCCAAACAUACCAUCAGUUAGUGUUCACAAAAAUGUUAAACUUUCACGCAGUCAGAGUGCAAGGGUUGCUGUCUGUAAUACUCCAAAUGCCUUGAAGGAUUCCACUAACAACCCUGUGUACAAUCCUGCCAAAGACUCUGUCAAACUGACCCCAGUGUCAGAGAGAGCAAGGAUAUUCCAAGUGAAAGAUAACAACAGCACACCCUCCGGCAAGCAGAGCCCUGUGGAUAUAAUAGCAAAGGCUAUUAACCUGAGUCGGGCAGAGAGCAUGCGAUCCCCUGCGGGUCAGAGACCGAUCACAGUACAACGCAGUAGCAGCUUAAAAACUGAGGUUCCCCAGCCUGCCAACUCCCAGUCAGGGGAUGUCACUCUGGAGCUUACUCCCCAAAAAAUACAGGGAGAGGGUGAGGUAGGCAGUGCAGGUCGCAGCAAACCCAUCAAGUAUUGGGACCCGACAGCCCCCAGUGACUCCACAAUGGACUAUUCCAAAAUCAACGAUGAGGAGGAGCUCGGUAAACUGCUGAGCAGUUCAGACAACUUUGAUGAGCGAAAGAAGAUCAGAGGCAGAAUAAAGGAGGUGCGAGAUGCACAUAUGAAGGAAUGGGAGGCAAAGCGUGUGUCGCGGGAGAAGGAUACGGAGGACCUGAUAAAGAAGAAGCACCGAGAGGCUGACCUUGAGAAACAGCGCAAACUAGAGGCCUUCAGCAAACAGGCUGCACAACACACUGAGGCUAAACACCUGGAUAUGAAUGAACAACACUUAAGAGAAAAGCACCGGCUGGCAGAUGAGAAAAAGAAGAGGCAACUGGAUGAAUAUUCAUCCCGGCAGGCUGUCCACCAGGACUCAAAACACCUAGAAAUCUCGGAGAAGGCCCUACAGGAGCGCAUCAAGCAGGCUGACACCCUCAAACAGAAGACCAUGCAGUCGUAUGACAAGGCCGCAGGCAAGGACCCGGCUCUCACAGUCACCGCCAAGACAAAGACAGGGGCUGCUGCAGGAAGGGCAGCAGAUGAGAUAGCUCCCCAGUUGGCACAACAAAUAAUAAAUGCCACACAAGGAUCCCCGGUGACGGGCGGAGUUAUCAGCGUGAAAACAGAGUCAUGGAGCAGUAAAGACGGCAUCACUCGCACCUCCGAGAAAACGGAGUCGUGGGGAGGACGGGGAGGUGCAAUGAAUGCUUUCAAGCAGAUGGACGCGAAAAAUAACCCCACCAAUGCGGGGGCCGGUGCGGCUAACAAGGCCAUGAUGAGAAGUCCUAGUGCCAUUAAAACCAUGCUCCUUGAAUGGACUAAAGCCAUGACACGAGAAUAUAUUGACACCAUAGAGAUUACAAACUUCUCCACCUCCUGGAAUGACGGGAUGGCGUUCUGCGCUCUCAUUCACCAUUUCUACCCAGAAGCUUUCGACUUCAAAGCCCUCAACCCAAAACAGAGACGCAAAAACUUUGAACUCGCCUUUGACACAGCAGAGAAGUAUGCAGACAUUGCCCCGUUGCUUGACGUGGAGGACAUGGUUCGCAUGCAGAAGCCUGACUGGAAAUGCGUGUUCACGUAUGUGCAGAGCUUCUACCGUAAACUGCGAGACCAUGAUAUGAACAAAUGCAAGGGCGCGGAGGCCUAGUGCUAUAUUCAGUAACAUUCUGACUUUAGUAUCUCAUAAUAAAACUACUGCAAAGUCUUGUUAGUGAUUAACGUUUAUUGUUAGGUUACUAACAUAUCAGUUCUGUAGAUUGUGAGCUGUUAAUAGGUCUUGGCAUUAAUUUUAAAUGUUAACAGUUUGUUUUUGCAUUUUAAAACAGGAAAAACUGCAAUAAUAUAUUAAAUGCAUUUCAUUUUAUAUUCUCAUAGAGUUUUAAAUUGUGAAUUUUACUUUUUUCUUUAUUACAAUUAUACAUGUAGAACUGCCUUUUUUCUUUUAUCCAACUCUAGUAUUUCGCCACACUCUAUUGUUGAAUCUACUUGUUCUGGUCAAAGGUGCUGUUCAUUUUAACUCGAUAUUUUCUGUCCAUUUUACCAUUAUAUUUCAUGGUCAGUACUAACAUCAAAGUCAUUUGUGUAUAUUUGAUGUGUUAUCAUAUCAACUUGCAUUCAAGAUAUUUUAUUUAUGCAAGUCACAUGAUUUUAUGUAUGUAGUGAAUUUUAGCAGCUUUGUUUUAAACUGUAGCUUGUUGGAAAUGUUUCGGCUCGUUUCUGUUGUUGUUCAUACAUCUUGCUGGGAAAGUUUUAUGAAAAUCUGUGUAACCUCACAUAAGCAUAGCAAAAUGCUUUAUUUGAGAUUCUUGUUCUUUUUUAGUCUCAGAACUUACAAUUGUAUAUGACAUGCACUGUGUGUUAGGUGAUUUUAUGGUAAUCUUUUGUAAUGUUCACUAUGAACAGUGGAGUUAUCUUAAAUAAUAUUUCAUAAUGUUCAUUACCGACAGUGGUGUCGGUAGUUAUCUUAAAUGAUCACUUGUAAUGUUGAUUGUGGACAGUGGUUUUAUCUAAAUGAUCAUUUGUAAUUUUUAUUAAGAACAGUGGUGUUAUCUUAAAUAAUCUCUUUUAUGGUUAUUACAUACUCUGGAGGUAUCUUAAAUGAUCUUUUGUAAUGUUCAUUGGGAACAGUGGUGUUAUCUUAAAUUAUCUUUCGUUAUGUUCAUUACGGACAGCGGAGUUAUGUAAAUGAGGUUGAACUUGAACAAACAACAUUUCUCAGACAUGUAAAUAAUGCAUUUAAUGAUGGAGCUUUCUGCUUGCACUGGGAUACUGUUGAUCCGGUCUUGUCUGAAUUCACUCUGUUACAGCAUUCCAUUUAACUCUGCAUUUUAUUUUCCUAAACUCUUUUUCCAGAAAAUGUAAAGAACGCCAUUUAACCCUGUGUAAUUCCCACAUGCCACCUAAAUUUCAUUAGGAAAAUUAAAAUUUUGGGAGCAUAAUGUAAGGAAUGAGUAGUUACAUGUAAGAAAACAAGUUCGUUUAACUUUAUGUUUGAUUUAUAUCAGAUCACUCUAAGCAAGGGCUGUUGUCCUUUUGUUCUUUCUAUUUUAUUCCGAUCUCUUUCUUCUGUCUUUCUUUUCCUCAGAAAAAGUAGUCACCUGUAAGAUUGCUGUGCGUUAUAUACGUAGCUUACAGUAAUAAUAUAUUCCUUUGUACAUAAGAUCACGAUGCCAAAUAUAUUUAAGACACAUUUUUAUGCAUGUUUUGUUGAUGCUGUAUAGAAAGAGAUUAAUUUUAUAGGUUAUUUCUGCCAUAGGUUGUUGUGUUAUGUAGGCUGUUGUUGUAAUUGACUUACUGUUUGUAUAUUUAUUUUGUAGAUAGAACUGUGAUUAUAUAUGUAUUUUCUUGACAUUUUAUUGCUGAAUACCAAAUGUAAGGUUACUGUAAAAAAGAUGUAUACCUAAUAAUAAGUCUUACAACGAAAAUGUUGCAUAAUUAUAUUUUGAUAUGUACCAAGAUGAAAUUUGUCUGUAGCAAAGUGUUCUUUUUGUUUUAUUUCUUUUCAUGUAUUUUUUUUAUAUGCAUAUAAUGGUACUAUGAACUUAUUAAGCGAAAAAACAGCUUUACUCUUGUGCCUUCUGCUACAAGAUAUGUUACGAUGUCAAUUUGAAUGCUAAUGUUAAGAAAUGUAUACUAGAUAUUUCACAGGUACUUGAUACAUUAUACUCUGUUGUUAACAGUCGUAGACAAAUUGUUUUGUGUAUACAAUAAAUACAAAACUGAU